AUGAUGCUGGUUAGGAGUAGGAUUGUCUGGCAAAGGUUCGUUGCUAGGGGUUUUGCUACUGGUGGAGCAAAGGUGAAAUCACCACAAUUGGCAGAUGUUUUGAUCGUUGGUGGUGGUCCAGCUGGUUUGACUUUAGCUGCUGCUAUUAAGGCAUCUCCUGCUUUGAAACAUUUCAAGACUGUUUUGGUUGAUGGAGGUGAUAUUAAGGAUAAGGUUGGUUCUUUUUACGAUUCACCACCAGAAAAUUACACUAAUCGUGUGGUUAGUUUGACUCCACCUUCUUUGGAUUUUAUCAAGUCUAAAGUUGGUAUUAAUUUGAUGGAAGACAGAAUGAUGGUUUAUGACGGGGUCUAUGUCACUGACGGUUGCUCAAAUGGGACUAUUGAUAUGGAGAAAGAUGGAAUUUCUCAUAUGGUGGAAAUUUUAAAUGUCCAGUCUUCUGCUUUGAAAAGAUUAACAGACUUGCAAUUGGGUGAAGAUAGCUUUAAGCUUAUUGACAAGACUAAAGUGGCUAGUAUCAAGUACAGCGACCCUAAUGAUGCCACUUCCUGGCCAAUUGUAACUUUGGAAGAUGGUCAAGCUUUUAAAACAAGGUUAUUGGUAGGCGCCGAUGGUUUCAAUUCUCCUGUUAGAGCUUUCUCAGGUAUCCAAUCCCGUGGCUGGUUCUACAAUGAAUUUGGGAUUGUUGCCACCAUGAAAUUAGAAUACCCGCCUUACAAGGUUAGAGGUUGGCAAAGAUUUUUACCAACUGGUCCAAUUGCCCACUUGCCAUUACCAGACGACAAUGCCACUCUUGUGUGGACCCACAAUGACGAAACCACAAAAUUGCUAGUAUCGUUGACACCAGAAGCAUUUACUGCCAUGGUCAACGCUGCUUUCGUUUUGGAUAACGCUGACAUGCAAUAUUAUUAUAAUAAAUUAAAGGAAAAAAGUAUCACUGAUAAAGAUUUAAUAGAAGAUAUUGAUUCAAGAAUACAACAGGUGUUCGACAAUCUAGAAAAUGAAUCUGAUAUCGACGAAUGUUAUCCUACAAGAAUUGCCAGUAUAAUAGGUGAAUCAAGAGCAAGGUUUCCAAUGAAAAUGUUCCAUGCUGACACUUAUUGUGCCGAGAGAAUUGCACUAUUAGGUGAUGCUGCCCAUACCACACAUCCUUUAGCUGGCCAAGGUUUGAAUAUGGGGGAAGGUGACACUGAAGCUUUAGUCAAUGCUUUGGAAAAGGCCACUUACAGAGGCCUGGAUAUCGGUUCUCUUCUAGCUUUACAGCCAUUCUGGGCAGAUCGUUACUCAACCAACACCAUACUGCUAGGAAUAGCCGACAAAUGCCAUAAAUUAUACGGUACAGAUUUCGCUCCUAUGGUUGGCCUAAGAACUAUUGGUGCAAAUUUCAUCAAUAAUUUUAGUCCAAUUAAAGAUUUAAUUACAAAUACAUUGGGUACCUCUGCCAGGGAACCAAUUGCCAAAAAAUAA